GGUGAGUCUACGGACCACAUAGCAUUGGUCUCACCACGUUAUGGAUGAUAUAUAACUUGAACUGCAGUGUCACUCCCCCGUCAUCCACCUUUCGACAAUCUUCUUCCCGUAACGGAUGAUUUCCUACAAGCACCAACUGCCACGACCUACUUCACCGACGAUCAUCCGUCAUGUUCUGUGGUCUUCCCAUACCAUUCCGGUCUCGAUCGGGGCACAACGCCAGCACCAUGGAGCCACGGGAGAAAAACAAGCUACGAAAGAAGCAAAAGAAGGUACAACUAGCUUCGAGUGACCAGUUUCAGUAUCAGGGAAAACCCCCCAAGGGCCCUGCAAGGGCAUGCAACAGUAGUAGAGUCCCAACAGCCCACAAAAGCUUCCACAACGCCCAACACGGGGAAACCCCGAAUGACACCGAGAAUAAGGAGCGUAGUAAUAUUGCGAAGCCGCACAGCGACCAGUCCCAGAUACAGGUAUCGCCAUUACGUCUGUAG